AUGACGGUGUCGAGCCGCGCAGGUGUUGGUGCCACUCAUAUCAUCUCUUCCGAGGUGCAAUUUUCUCUUUUUAUUCACCCCGUCGUCUAUCCUACACCCUCCAUGUUGCAAAAUCCCUCCGUCUGCCUUCUCCUCUGUCCACCUGCCCUCAAGGGGUCAAUCAUGCCAGGCCAGCUUUGUUCCCGCUCUGCCGACUCUUCUUUCGGGGAUUUUGUCAAAUUUAAUCUCUGCUUUUGCUCUUUGCGAUUCUUCGUUGAAGUUUUUGGUAUUUCUUUGGAUUUUCAUUAUUUCUUUCAUUCAUUCAUUCUUGAGUUUGAUAUUUUCCCCUGUUUUAUAUUUCCAUUUAUUUUCAUUGAUUACUUUCUUUUUUUUUUCUUUUUGAAAUCCCUUCAAUUUUUCCCUUCCUUUCUUUCUUUCUUUCUUUUUUUCUUUCUUCCAUAUUUUUUCUUCUUUCUUUUCGUUAUAUUUUUCUUAAUACUUUUCAAUGUAUCUAUUCUUAUUUUUAUCCUCUCCUUCCUCCUAUUCUGCUUUCCUUCUUUUUUUUCUUUCAUUCAUUCAUCCAUUCCUUCUUUUCAGGACCCGUUUUCUUUCUUUUUAUUACAUUUUACAUAUUUUUUAUAUCUCAUUUCAUUCUCUCUUUCUAUCUUUCAUUCCUUGUUUUUCUUUCCGAUUUCCUUUUAUUUUUUAUUUUUUUUGCCUUUCACCGAUAUUUUUUAUAUUCGUUUAAUAAUUAACGCAUUCUCAGAUUUCGAUGUCUCUUCGUUAUCUUCUGUGCAUUCCUUUCUUUCUUCCAUCCUCCAUUCACUCAUUCUUCUUUCUUUUCGCAAUCCGUUUACUUUAUUUUCAUAA